CUGACGUAGGAGGAUGUAAAACACCUGAACUAUGUCUGACCAGUGCUGACUGGCCCUGUGCUGAUCACAUGCACUCUCCCAAGAAUAAAAAAAAAACCUCUCUAGCAAUACACACCAAACUGAGCAUGAGCAAAAUGUCUAUGGUUCAGUCUGUCUUUUCAGGAGAUAAGACGUGGACAUUUGAUCAAAUGAGCUUUAUACACAAUGCAGGGAUUAACCCCUUAGGUUCCACAGUGAGUAUAACAAGCAUGCUUUACUGCAUAUCCAGACAGAUUUUACUGUUGUGGGUUUAG